AUGGAAGUCGGAGAAAACGGCCGCUUCAAGCGUCCCAAGUGGCCGAAACGCCUCGAAAUUUGCCAAAGACAAAACUUCGAAGAAAAUUAUUUUUAUUGUUGUCUUUAUGAAGGCAGCAAAAGGUGGCAGCACUUUAUGCUUUUCUGCGUCGUGGCUUUCGUUCUGUGCAUCUGCAUGUUUCCUGCGUGGCCGCUGAAACUGAAGAUUGGGGUUUGGUACAUAGCGGUGGUAUUCCUGACGAUACUGUCAAGCGUCCCAAGUGGCCGAAACGCCUCGAAAUUUGCCAAAGACAAAACUUCGAAGAAAAUUAUUUUUAUUGUUGUCUUUAUGAAGGCAGCAAAAGGUGGCAGCACUUUAUGCUUUUCUGCGUCGUGGCUUUCGUUCUGGUUCAUGCUCUUCUGCGCUGUCGCUUUCGUGCUGUGCAUCUGCAUGUUUCCUGCGUGGCCGCUGAAACUGAAGAUUGGGGUUUGGUACAUAGCGGUGGUAUUCCUGACGAUACUGCUGUUCCUGAUCGUGCUGCGGCUGGUGUUGUUUUUGCUGCUGUGGUUUGUGGGGUUUGACUUUUGGCUGCUGCCAAACCUCUUCAACGAAGACGCGGGGUUUAUAGAUUCUUUUCUUCCUUUUUUCGAGUUGAAGAAAAUGCAAAGCACUUGGACUUUGCUGGCCAUUCGGCUCUUCUCCGCAGCCCUCACCGCAGGCGGGCCUAGGGGUUUAGGGUUUGGGGUUUGGAGUUUGGGGUUUGCGUCGCGGCUGGGGCUGGCACGCGCCACUCUUUACCACCUCAGCGAAACGCACUCCCCCACAGAUGUCGCCGCCUUCGCCUCGCAGUCUUUCAUCGACGUUUUGGACUGGGGGAGACUCCGACUCGAGGCUCCUUAUUUAAAUACGAGCAACGCCUUGCCCAGCGCGGCGGCGCCUCAAGAGGAAAAUGGAGAAGUCCAGGAAGAGCCGAAUGUCUUGCCAGAUGAAGAAGACUACCGCUGUUUGGCUCCUUGCGGGUACAAGUCCUUCGAAGACUUGAUGGUUUCAAAGUGCCUCGUUAAGUGCAGCUGCAUGCAGGAAUUGGUGGACUCGGACUGCUUCAAGAGCUGUCAAGACACCACGCGGGCGGCGAUCGAAGAGGCGCGCGGCGACGCAUGCAGAGAAGAGGAGAGCCGCAAAGCUCGGAAGCAAAAGAAAAAAUGA